AUGCAUCAACACCAUUCUCACAACCAUCUCCACCAUGCGAGGAGAGACGCAGCAGUAGCAUCCGCCGACUUGCUGCCUCGAGGCCCUUCUCCUGCUGAGCCAAACAUGGACAUCCCGAGCCGGACCUUUCACUCGAUAACUCGCGCUCUGCUGCCCCGUGAAAAAUGCACUGGGUCCGCCAACGAAUGCGAGAAGCCGACUCCCGACUACCUUGUUCCUGUUGUGUGUGCCGUUAUAAUUCCUGUAUUCUUGGCCAUUGUAGUCCUCCUAUUUCUCCACCGCCGCCAUAACAAGAAACUCAAGCAGGAGGAUAGAGAUGACCCACACAAAUCUCUCGACUUUGGCCUGGAGGCGACGGGAAAAGCAAGUAAGAAAGGAAAGGGGAUCCCGGAAAUGACCAUCACCGACACUGAAAAGACACUUCGAGGUAAUAAGGGCUUGUCAAUGGACCUAGGAGUGGGAAAUCCCUACAUACUUCCAGCGGGCUUGCACAACUCGCGAGAGUCAGUCAACUCUAUGGCGCGCUCCAUGGACGAUCCACAUGACCCCUAUCGCCCUGUCACCUUCAUAAAGGACAGUGCCAGCAUGAGAAAUGGGAGCAGCCUGCGUGGCUAUCCCCACGACAACUCUUCAACGUACACGGGAUCAAGUGGGGGUACCGACAGGAUGAAUGGAAGUCUUUUGAGGAACGCCCAGCGCAUGUCGCAGUCUGUCCCACCCCGAGGAGACUCGAAGGCAGGAGGAUCUCCACUCAGCGAGCAGCCACCACCUCACAUCCAGUUUCCCGCUGCGACUGCACAACCGGCUGGAUCUCCCUCAAAUCCCCAGGAUCGAUCGCCGCCACGUGUGCCUGCAUCGAACGGCGGGCUUGCACCCACCCCUGCCGAUGCUGGCCGCGACUCCUACUUUGACAACAACGCCAAUGUUAUGAGGGCGAGCAACAAUUAUCUUGGUUCUUUCAUCCACAGCCGAGAUGGUUCGACUGUUGAGGCCCCCGGGCAAGCUCAAUCGCCUCCCGAGCCCACUAUUCCCCAGAUCCAUGCCCCAAGGCCAAUUUCACCUCCAACCAAGCUCCUUCCAGAGAACCCUCGACCACCACCACGAGUCCAAUCGCAAGAGGCUGUUGUCAUAUCCAACGCCAACAACAUGAACCGCAUCAGUGACACGAGCGACUACGGUGAUGGAUUCAAAGUUACACCUCCUUCUCGUGAACAGAGCUAUGAUGGGGCCAACGCUGCUGGCCGCAGAUCACUCGAUGCUCCAAUGCCAGUCCAGCAAGAAGAAUCGUACAACAACGCCUUCGGCCUGGGAGUUGAUGAUCUGGGUUAUGACCCUCGUCGAUUGUCUAUGAGCCUUCGCCCUCUUCCCCCGGAUGACCCAGCCGAUAACCCCGAAACACGUGCCAAUCGUAUCCGUUCUUUCUACAAGGAGUACUUCGAUGAUUCCAAGCCGGACCCUGUAGGCUACUAUGAGGACUACAACCCAGAGUACCUUGCGGACGGAACCAUCUUCGACCCUGAGACUGGUAACUUCGUCAUGGCUCAAGCACCAUAUGCUCAGCCCGUUGGCCGUCGUGCCAUGACACCGCCUCCUCGCGCUCCUCCGCGCUUCCAGGGCCAGACUGGCCGUGGCCGAGCCUCCAGCGGUUCUACCGGUCGCUUCAUGCCGCCUCCUCGCGGCAACUCCUCCAUGAGCGGACGCGUGGCUGCUCCCCGGAGAGCCCCUCUGCCACCCCCUCCGGCUCUCACCUCGCUACCAACGCCUGCCAAGCUCACGGAAGAUUCGGCCAUCUUCAACCCUCUCGACUUUGCUCCUCCUGUCUCGUACAGAGAUCGCCAGGCCGGUCGACGACCUGACAGUCCUCUCGGUGUGCAGAGACCGUAUAGCCCUGCAGUGCGGGCUCAUACGCCACUGGUGGGCGCUUUCGACGACCUUCCCGCUAUGCCUAGCCCUCACGCCCUCCGCAAGUCCAGCACCUUCACCGCCCUCGACUUCGCCCCUCCGCCCAAGUUCCGCGACAACGGCUCCGGCUCCGACGCAGGCUCCAUCCGCUCCACCCGCUCUGCCAUGUCGCAGGUCCAGCUCAACAGCAUCCGAGCCGGCGCAUAUCGCGUCUCGCGCAUGCCCAAGGAGGUCGUCGGCACCCGAGACGACCUCAUGGAGAGCUUGAAGCCCCAGAUGAAUCUGUCGAGGCCAUCCUAG